AUGAUUAGUCGCUAUAUACUUUGGUUAAUUCUUCUCGAAACGAUCUUUGUUAAUAGCUCAUGGGGAGCUCGGAAAACUGAGCCUCAAGAUGUUUUCAUCAAGGGAAGAUAUAAAUUCAUUUUGGAAUCACUGCAAACGAAUUGUGACCACGACUAUGUGACAUAUUUCCAUAAGGUGCCCGAUUCUCGAAUUUUGUAUACAUUUCGUGUGGCCAAGACGGCACCAGCCUUUACCAUUGACAUUCAUGUGAGAGUGCUAAAGACCCAGAGGGUUUUGUAUAAAAUUGAAAAUCUUAAUGGUUGUCAAUUUCUCAAUAAUCCUGUAAUGCACAAAGUUUUCGGCACUAUCUAUCGUCAAUUAGUGGUCAAUGGCACUUUCUUCUCCUGUCCCAUCAAGCCUCAGGUGUAUUUUCUAAAGAAUGAAGGAUCCUAUGCCAUGUUGCCUGGUUUCCAUCCCGCUGGACGUUAUCAGCUAACAAUGCGCGUCAAAAUGACUAAGCAAAAUGAUCCUCAAAUGGUCAUGGAAAUGCUUUGGAUAUAUAACAUUGUCCAUAUGAAAUAG